AGAAACGUAUUUGGAGGCGUACGUUGUGAAACAAAGAAACGUUAUUUCCUGUAAACAAACAAAGUCUCCUUUUUCCUGUUGCUGCCAACUCCACACCUGACUGAAACUUCCCAAACCCCACAUCACCACGCCACGCUUCGCUUCACUUUUUCCCUCUCUCUCUGUUUUUUUCUUUUUCUUUCUUUCGCUCUUUUAUUGCACACUUUUAUCUUCUCUUCUCUUGCAUGCACCGCCGUCACCAUCACGAUCACCGUUGAAUUGAUUCAAUUCAAUUUCGAUAGUUGCAAUGGGUAACAUUUGCGCUCGCUUGAAGGCGAAGCCCGCGCCGCCGCACUCCACCUCCUCGAAAAAGCGCUCCGCUUCCCGCAGAGAGAGGAAGCUCGACGACGCUGCGAUUCGCGAGCAGGCCAUCGCCGCCGCGAUUCUCUUCAAGCAGCAUCAGCAGCAGCAGCAGAACUUCGAUCGCUCCACUUCGCUCAGGUACCCGAAUGGGGUCUCCAAGAAGAGCAGUGGGAGCAGCAACACCUUGCCGAGGAGUUCGAGUUCGAGGGCCAGGUCCCUCACCGACCCUCUCCUUCAACCUCAUCAACUUCUCAAUCAGGAUGUGAAAGUUGACGAUCUUGAGACAAAUCAUAUUGUCCUUGUUCAUGGAGGUGGUUUUGGGGCCUGGUGUUGGUAUAAAUCCAUUGCACUUCUAGAAGAAAGUGGUUAUAAAGUAGCUGCAAUAGAUUUAACUGGUUCUGGAGCGAGCUCAUUUGAUACAAACAGCAUUACAAGUUUGUCACAAUAUGUGAAGCCACUCACUGACUUCCUUGAAAAACUUCUAGAAGGCGAAAAGGUGAUUUUGGUUGGGCAUGAUUUUGGAGGGGCAUGUAUAUCAUAUGCAAUGGAGAUGUUUCCUCUUAAGAUUUCCAAAGCUGUGUUUAUUGCUGCAGCAAUGCUGACGAAUGGACAAAGCACUCUCGAUAUUAUUUCUCAGCAGGCAGGUUCAGAUGAUCUUAUGCAACAGUCUCAGAUUUUUAUAUAUGCUAACGGGAAUGACCUUCCUCCCACUUCUUUUGAUCUGAACAAGUCAUUGUUGAAGGAUUUGUUAUUCAACCAAAGUCCCUCCAAAGAUGUUGCAUUGGCAUCUGUCUCCAUGAGGUCUGUACCAUUUGCACCAGUUUUAGAGAAGCUUUCCCUUUCAGACCUGAAAUAUGGAUCUGUAAGGCGGUUUUAUAUACAAACUCUUGAAGAUAAUGCCAUACCCAUUUCACUUCAGGAGAACAUGAUAAAUGCAAAUCCCCCAGAAAAGGUUUUCCGUUUGAAGGGGGCCGAUCAUUCUCCUUUUUUCUCAAAGCCUCAAGCUCUGCAUAAGUUGUUGGUAGAAAUCUCAAGGAUCCUCUGAGAACAUUCGUUGGUAAAUUGUUUGUGAAGCCCUACCCACAUGAAAUAAGAAUAUGCAUUUGGCUUAUUACUUAAGUCUACUAUUCUGUGCAAGUUACAGGUUUCAUUCUUUUUCCUCUUUCUGGAGUUAAAUUUUGAAAGUUAGCUUGUACAUCUUGUAAUAUGUACCAGGUGUUACUUGCAACAUAAAACUCAUGUUAUGUUACAUGUAUCACUAGUUAUAAGUGUCGGUACUUGCUGAUUAACGUUGCAAGUUACCCUCCUAGACAAUUAGAAAAGAAAAGAAAACCUGUAACUUUUCACUGAUCCUAUGCAACGCUGCGAUCAUCGUAGCAAGAUAUCAUGACAAUACAGAGGCACAUUACAUGGAAGGAGUUAUUGGCAUCAAACGUGUUUACAUUCCUUUUGAUGUUCCAUUAGUAAUGCUGGUUGAUGGAGAUUUACAUUUUGAGAAUCCUGGAAGAGCUGCUGCUGCUGCUGCUGCUUUUCUCUAGACCUACUUUUUUGUUUUAGCCAGUUUGCUCCAAUAUUUUAACUUGCGACUCUAAUAAUAAGUGUUUUCUACCUUUAUCAA